CAAAAGUAGUAUGCCAAGUAGUAAAGUAGGAUAUCUAACACCCAAAUUUACACUCAUCUUUACAUAGAUUUCCACCUCCACUUUACACACAACACACACUACUACACUAGUUGAUCUUGAUGCAUGGCUUCCCAAAAUUUCGAACCGAUCCAUUUCGAUUUCAAAGACAACAAGAUCAACGCCAAAAACCCACUCCUCGGCUCCCUCCUCCUCUUCUUCGUCUUCUUCAUCACCUUCCUCUUCCUCUACUUCAUCUACGCCUGCGCCCGCCGCCGCCACGACGCCGUCUCAACCGCGCUGCCGGAGGCGGGUCUCGACCCCGCCGCCAUCAGCUCCCUCCCCGUCUCCUCCUUCGCCAAGAAGCCGAGCCACGGCGGCGCCGAGUGCGCCAUUUGCCUGAGCAUUUUCCAGGAGGGGGAGAGGGUGAAGGUCCUGCCGCUCUGCCGCCACGGCUUCCACUCGGACUGCGUCGACGAGUGGCUCAGGACUCGCUCGAGUUGCCCCCUCUGCAGAGGCUGCGUGCACCGGGUUGACUCGCUGAGUCGGGAGCUCGAGGCGGGGAUGUGGGUGAUGCCUUUGUCUUGAAUUGAUGUGGCUGUUUGCGCCAGCGCAGAAUAGCACUAUUCUUCUUUUCAUUGUUAAAAGAUGCAUGUUCGUAGCAAAUAUAGCAAUCAGGCUUUGAUGAAUUUUAAUUUUGGUGAAUUUUAAAAUUUUGGGGUUGUAUUAGUUUAGUCGCACGUAAUUAUCAAUUAUUGGAACUUUUGCAUCAGAGUGGAUUUUUAAGUGUGUGGUGUAAAUCGAUGUCGAACACGUAUUCAUA